AUGCCCAGCCUGGAGCAGGUGGCCAACGUGGCCCUGCGGGUGCCCAGCAUCGUCCUGCUGGACUUGCUGCACCGCUGGGACGUGCACACCUUCGGCGAGCUGCUGCAGCCCCGGACCAGGGAGGCCUACCUGCCCCGCCAGCACCUGUGGAACCUCUACUAUGCAGGUCACCUGGUGUGCGUGGUGGUUCUCCUUCUCCCGGUCCGGUCCCUCGUGAAGUUGUACCUCUACAUCCUGACGAUGCUGCUGCUCUAUGUGGCACAUCAGACUGCCAGGGACUACAUCCGGCAAGAGAUGGAUCAUGAAUUUCAGGGGGCCGUGUACAACGAUCCUGUGGCGCUCAGUCGCUUUGCCACCGCACUCACAGGCCAGGUCAUCGUGGCCACCCUCUGUGCUCUCCUGCAAAAGACCAAGCGGGUGUGGCUCUUCUCCGCCCCUCUCCUCCCCCUGGCAGCUCGGCUGUGCUGCCUGCCGCUGGGAGCGCUGACGACGGUCAACACCUUCGCUGCAGUCCUCACCACCCUGGGGGUGCUCUACGUAGUGGCCUCCUCCCUCUCGGUGCCCUUCCAUCUGGCUGCGGCGGCCUGCAGGGAGGUCGGUCAGGCGCUGGAGGUCUACCAACUGGUUGCUCUGGGAAUGUCCCUCUGGAGACAGCUGGCCGUGCCGGUGCUGUUCCUGGUGUUCUGGCUUGCGCUGUUCACCCUGAAGAUCUAUGCUUUCUGGGUCUCCUCUGGCCCCAUUCUGUCCCAGCAAGGGCUCCUGUUCGUCUUCCUCAGCAGCAUUGCUGAGUGCUGCAGCACACCUUACUCCCUGAUCGGGCUCACCUUCACUGUCUCCUACCUGGCCUUGGGUCUGCUCAAGAUUUGCAAGUUCUACCUGGUGGGCUACGGCGCUUUCCAAAAUGGCAAUGUGAUGCACAGGGGUGUGACGGAGGGCGUGACCCUGCUACUCCUGGCCCUCCAGACAGACUUGCUGGGCCUGCAGCUGCUCCAAAGGACCUUCCUCCUGAGCAUCAUUCUCUUCAUCGUGGUGACGUCAACCCUGCAGUCCAUGAUUGAGAUCGCAGACCCCAUUGUGCUGGGCCUGGGGGCCUCCCAGAACAGGAGUGUUUGGAAGCACUUUCGGGGGGUCAGCAUGUGCCUCUUCCUCUUGAUCUUCCCGGGCUUCAUGGCUUACAAGAUCGCGCACUUCUUCCACAUGGACUUCUGGCUCCUGAUCCUCGUCUCCAGCUGCAUGCUGACCUCCCUACAGGUGAUGGGAACUCUGUUCAUCUACGCCCUCUUCAUGAUUGAGAUCUUCCAGGAGGCCCCCAUGGAGAAGAUGGACGAGAUCAUCUACUAUGUCAAUGCCAUCAGCCGUGUGCUGGAGUUCCUGGUGGCCGUCUGCGUGGUGGCUUACGGAACCUGGGAAUCCAUCUUCGGGGAGUGGAGUUGGAUGGGGGCCUCUGUCAUCAUCAUCCACUCGUACUUCAACGUCUGGCUGAGGGCCCAGUCUGGCUGGAGGAGCUUCCUGCUCCGCAGGGAGGCGGCCAAGAAGAUCAACUCACUGCCGAGGGCCACUCGGAGGCAGCUGGCAGACCACAAUGACGUGUGUGCCAUUUGCUUUCAGGAGAUGACCCUGGCAGUAAUCACCCACUGCGGCCACAUCUUCCACGGGGGCUGCCUCCGCAAAUGGUUCUACGUGCAGGACACAUGUCCCCUGUGCCACCAGCCAGUCAAGGCCUUGGCGGGCGAGGAGAGUCAAGCGAACCACAGCAGCGCAGAAGAGGCGGAGCCUCCGUCAGAGGGGGAGGAGCCCCCCGGGGACGGAGAAUCUGCUGGCUGCAGUGCCACAGAGGGCACUGGCUCAGGUGGUACCACAGAGAGCGGCAAGUCAGGCGGGGUAGAACAGCAGGGCCAGGACGAGGAAGAACUGCAGCUGGAUGAAUCUGGAGAGUUGGCGGAGAAGAUUCCUAACCAUGGCAUUCCCCAGAGUGAACCGGAAGCGUCCAGCGAAGUGGCGAACGAUGUUCUUCCUGUGCCUCUGAAGGCAGAGAGUCCGCCUGUUCAGGGAAGCCUCAGGAAAUCACAUUGGGGUGACUCGGGCGCCAGAUCGGGAGGAGAGCUGGCGGCGCUGGGGCAAAGUGGUCCUGGGAGCCAAGCUCUCCAGAGCAAGUGUGGGAUACUUGAGAUGCAAAGCAGCCUUGUUGAAGAUAAUCUGGAGGUGCCUCCAGCAAGUCGAGUAACUGUUGAGUUGACUGCCGUGACGGAGGGCGGAAUGGAGGCCUUGGGCAGGACCCGACCAGAAGCCACCGUUGGCCUCCAGCAGUUGAGCCACACUGAGGACAACGCAAGGCCUUUCCCUGCCUUCUCCUCUCCUUAG